UUAAAAUAAUGAAAGGGUGCAUUAAUAUUUUGGGUCUGACUUUGUUCCUCAUACAAAUAAUAAUAAUAAUUAAUUCUAAGAAGAGCUUAGCGAGCUCGUUAUCUCUUCGUUCUGAUAAAGAUGAACAACGUUGCGGAUACGAAAGUUGCUACGAAAAAUGUCCUACUGGACAGUGUUGUAGUAAGUUGGGUUAUUGCGGAACAACGUUUGAGCAUUGCGGCUAUAAGUACUGUAAACUCCAAUGUCCAUCUCCACCCUCACCUCCAUCCCCAUUUCCACCUCCACCGGGACGAUGUGGAGUGCAAGCAGGAGGUAUAAAAUGUCCUGAUGGAUCGUGUUGUGGUGAAGAAGGUUGGUGCGGAACAACAGAAUAUUAUUGCAACCCAAAGCGGUGUCAAAGUCAGUGUAAAAAUCGCACGAUAGAUGACUACGAGUGCGGACAUCAAGGUUGCUACAAAAAAUGUCCUUCUGGAUCGUGUUGUAGCAUGUGGGGUUAUUGCGGAACUACAAAAGGUCAUUGUGGCAAACCGCGGUGUCAAAGCCAAUGUCCACCUCCACCUCCACCCCCACCUCCACCUCCAUACGCAAUCGGACGAUGCGGAAUGCAAGCUGGAGGUAGAAAAUGUCCUACUGGAUUGUGUUGUAGUUCAUCUGGUUGGUGUGGAACCACAAAAUAUUAUUGUGCCAAACAGUGGUGUCAAAGUCAGUGCAACACUAUAACUUCGUCCACUAUGAGUGGUACUGAAACCUUCUUGCUUGACGGUAUUGUCUAGCUAAAUGUUACUAUAAUGCAUUGAUUAAUACUAUAAUAAAUAAAGGACUUUUGUAUAAAUUAAAAAUAUUAAAUUAGCAGGUUCGUGGUAUAAAAUAGUCUUUCCUAUAUA